CAGUGAGCGUAAUGCAUCUGAGGUGGAUAUGUCUCGCACUAGUUUUUCAAAUAAUAGGAGGCAAUCAAUUACCUCCGGAUGUUCAAAAGUGUCGUUAUGAGGAUGAAAAGUGCCUCCUGCGAACCAGUAAUGCCCUGAUCAAGCGGUAUGGAAAAACAGGUCUUCCGGAACUCUCACUGCCACCUUUAAACGUUUUAAAAGUGAGGAACGGUGAACUUGAAGGAGGUGAUCCCAACGGAUCCCUCUGGUUUAAGUGGAUACUGACUAAUCAUUGGGUUUAUGGCACCGAAAACAUUACUCUCUCCCGGAUCCGGGGAUUCCAUCCAGAUCCCGGCCGAUCCCAGGUGGAGAUUCAUGGAAGGGCACCCAGCUUGCGGUCCAAAGUUCACUUCGAGUUCUUAUCGAAAUUUCUUACCUUAAAUGUGAAUGCAUCGGGUGAGGGCGAUUCCGACUUUCAGAACUUUCGGUUCAUUACAAAAUUCUCCUUCUCACCUGAGAAAGAAGGCUUCGUGAAGAUUUACAAUCUGGACUUGAGAAUUGAAAUAGAUCGUUGGAUACAGGACAUACAAAAUUUGUUUGUGAGCAAUACAGAUCUGACUGUUAUCGUCAAUGAAUGGAUAAAUAAAAAUUGGAAGGAGUACUGGGUGGACUUCGAACCACAAGUAACGGCUGAGAUGAAGCUCGAAUUUACUAAGCGAUUAAAUUCCAUUUUCUCAGCGAUUCCCUACAAAGAUCUAUUUCUAUAAUUUCUAGUGUUU